AUGCAACUCCAACACCAGCAACAACAGCAGCAAUAUCCGAUGAUGGGCCAACAGCCACAACAGCAUGACCCCAUCAGCGGCGCCCCACCUCAACCACCGAUGCAACAUGCCCAUAUGCAGUUAUUACAUUCGUUCUGGGUGAACCAGAUGCAUGAUAUCGAGAAUGUGCCGCAGGACUUCAAGAUCCAUCAUUUGCCGUUGGCGAGGAUCAAGAAGGUUAUGAAGACUGAUGAGGAUGUCAAGGCGAAGAUGAUCUCGGCGGAGGCACCGAUGAUAUUCGAUAAGGGGUGCGAGAUCUUCAUUACGGAGCUGACCAUCCGCGCAUGGAUCCAUGCGGAAGAAAACAAGCGGCGGACACUGCAGAGGAGCGACAUUGCGGCAGCUAUCUCCAAAACCGACAUGUUUGAUUUCUUGAUCGACAUUGUCCCCCGUGAAGAGUUCAAGGCUGCAAAGGAGGCCAAGGAGGCCGCGAGUGGUCAUAGCAAGUCGGCGUCUGGUGGGGGGAUUGAACAUCGACGUAGUCAGGAAUCGUUUCCUAACAUGAGCGGUGCUGGACCUGGUGGGCCUACUGCUGCAGGUGGCAGUGGAGGACCGAUUGGGUUGGAGGGGUAUGGGUAUCCUUAUGGUAUCCUUGAGAGUGGGCAGUUCGCCAUGGCUCCUGGCGGUGUCGGCGAAGGAAUGGAUCCGUAUCAGCAGCAGCUUCAAUUGCAGUACAUGAGGGCGCAAAUGGCACAACAGCAGCAACAGCAGCAACAACAGCAACAACAGCAUGGUAAUCAACGGUAUGACCUUCAGCAACAUCAACAGCAUAUGUCGAAUGAGCAGCAUUCGUCGGAGGACGGGUCGCAGCAGUUGCCACCUGAGGAGAUUGGAGUGGGACUGACGGCGUUCGGAUUGUUCUUUAUGCUGAUGGGCGUGAUGAUGUUUUUUGACGGCGGACUCUUGGCCAUCGGAAACAUCUUGUUCUUGGCAGGAUUGACGAUGGUUAUCGGACCUCAAAAGACAAUGUUCUUUUUCGCGCGGCCUCAAAAGAUCCGGGGGACAGUCUGUUUCUUUUUGGGCAUCCUUCUCAUCUUUAUCAAGUGGCCCAUCAUCGGCAUCCUCGUCGAGCUCUUUGGAUUCAUCAACCUCUUUGGUGAUUUCUUCCCUGUGAUUAUCGGAUUCUUGAGGAGAUUGCCCGUAAUUGGAAACAUCUUGAGCGCGCCUGGAAUCUCCAAGAUUGUGGAUCGCAUCAGCGGACAGAGACUUCCUGUCUAA